UCCCUGCUCCCACAGUUUCUCUCUGCUUCCUGUUAACUGGUUUGUUCUGUAUGGUGACCACUGUGGUCCCCAACAACCCAGAUGGCAUCCGAGGCACUCUGUAAAGUGGGGGGUGGGGAGGAGAGCAUACUGAAGAAAGAAAACCUCAGUGUUAAAGAUGCGCUCGAUCAACUGCCAAAGCCCUUUCCAAACCCCAAGUUUAUGAACCGGACCAUCGCUACCAAAGGACGCCCACUUUCCUCAAGGGGCAGUUUGGCUACCAUGUUGGAGGCAGAUUCCAUCAAUCUCAUGAAGCCGAUACCAGUGGAAGAGUCCGAGUACAGCUCUGAUGACACCAGCAUUUCCCGCGUGUCAUCCACCUUGCUGAACCCUGUCAAACUGGCCGUGACCCAGCCCAACAGCAGCUUCUUUGCCGGAUUGCUGGAGGGAGAACUGAACAAACUCAACUUUUCCUCGAAGGCCAAGGACACAGCAAAGGGGGAAGACCUGGCCCUCUGCCCCUGCCCAUCUACAUCCCAAAUGGUCCCCAGGGGCCUGGUGGACCUUGACAAAUCUGAGCUAGAUACAGACUCCUCCUCCACACACUCAGAAUCUUCCGUGGUCGUGCAUGUGCCAGAGCCCCCCUUCAUCUGCGAACACACCGUCAGCGAUUCCACAGCAGUGAUUUCCUGGACCUAUGCCUUGGGCAAGCAGCAGGUCAGUUUCUACCAAGUCCUGUUACAAGAGAUGGCCAAUAAGAAAGAUGGUGAGCUGCCCAAGACAAAAAACCGCCCCUGGAUCUUCAACAAGAUCUUGGGUACCACCGUCAAACUGAUGGAGCUGAAGCCUAACAGGAUCUACUGCCUCACUGUCCGCGCAGCCAAUACAGCUGGGGUGGGGAAGUGGUGCAAGCCCUACAAAUUUGCAACUGUGGCCAGGGACCUAAGCAGCUUCCCUGAGAGCAACCCUGUCCAGAUCACCGUGAAGCGCAGGGAGCCGCAGCAGAGGAUAGUGUGUAUGGGGCCGGAGGACAUGCGGAAGCUGGAGGACCUGGAAUACCUGUUACCCUACUAACAGAGGGCUCAGAGCUCAGACAGCAUAACUUUGCUGGAGAACCUAGGACUACUCUGACAACUCAGGGCCUGGUGGUACUGGUACCAGAAGGCCACUGCCGGGCCAAGGCCAAAUUCACCUGCAAACAUUGCAACUCCCCACCCCUAUUAAAGAACUGCAGGUUAUGCAGCACCCCUAAGUUCCAUUUCCUGCUUUUGGACAAUCACCGCUGGGUCAGCUGUCGCCUAUCUCCUAGCUCCUGCCAGAACAAAGAGUCAGGGUG